UUAUAACAAAUCAGUGUGAUUUUUCAAUAACUUAAACAAUGGAAGCAGCUAGACUACACGCUCGAAGAGCUUCGUGGUUUUCGUGCGACAUAACCAAAGAAAUGGAAUGUCAGCAGAUAAGCAGAAGAACUCAUUCAACUCAAAAGCAAACGCGCUUUGAGCCUUACUUGGCAGCUACUACUCCAAGAGUAGUUAAAGAAAAAUCCAGAGAGUACAAAAAGUCGCUUUCGCUGUCAAAACUAAAGCCGGAGCAACAUUGUCUGCUAUAUAUACAGGAUCUGAGCUUUGACAUUCGACAUCAUGAGCUGUUUGAGCAUUUCUGCAUCUAUGGCAACAUAGAGAAUGUGAAUGUGCGUCAGCGAACGGAUAACUAUAAAUAUGCUACAAUACGCUUUGCUGCCGCCAAAUCCGCAGAGUUUGCGCUUGCCGCCAAUCCGCAUAAGCUUCAGCACAAGCACUAUUAUUGUCGCAGGGCGGGAUUCUGGCGUCCUGGCGUGCCCAGGUCGAACAAGGACAUAACGGAGCAUCAACAACAACAGCGCAGCAGCAGCCUAAGGGAUAGACAGCUUAACGAUCUACAAGAGCGUUGCUAUGUAUAUGAACCAAAGCUACAAGUGCCAUCGUCUGUAGCAGCUAGCGGCAGCUACAAGCAGUCGGCAGCAUUGUUGCCACAAUUAUCGAAAAUGCUGUUGCGUUGCAUGCGAAAGGAAACACAAGCACAAGCCUUGCCGCCGAGCAAAGCGCCGAGACCAAUAACAACGGCAGCAGCAACAUUUCUGCAGCAUCAACAAGCGCUUAUGUCCAACAUGGGGCAGAGCUCUCGCUUUGUGCGUCAUUGCUAUACGGAUGUCAUGGCAUAUAGGCAGCAUCCCAGGCAAUGGCAAGAGCUGCCGAUUGAUUACAAGACGCCAGUUACAGCAGCUGAAUAUGUAGCGCUGAGAGAAAAUCUAUUUCCCACGCCAAACAACGAAGAAUGCAAUAACAGUGAAGUUAUCCCUAGUGGUAUCAGAAAUACGCAUGUUAAUAGAAUAUUCAAUACAAUCUUUCAUGUUGUACUGUAGACAUCAAUAGU